AUGGAUGACCUCGAUAAGAACUCCACACCAGUCUCUGGACUGCCCCUGGCUUUUCACGGCACAGUUAUUCAUUCCAAAAGUCUGGACGAGCUCGAGAUCCUAGAGAAGUGUUUUUUGUUGGUGGGAAUAGAUGGCAAAAUCCAGGUUCUACAAGCAGAUGUUGAAGCAGAUCAAAUCAACUCCAUUGUCUCGGAAAACGGCUACGCGCCCGACAUAUUCCCUGUCAAACAUCUCGAACGUGGGGAGUUUCUGUGUCCCGGUUUCGUGGAUACUCACAACCAUGCACCCCAGUGGGCACAACGUGGUGUCGGAAGAGGAAUCUCCUUGCUAGACUGGUUGGAUAAGGUUACUUUUGCCCACGAGACAAAGUUUGAAGACCCCGAAUAUGCCAAGCGCAUGUAUGGCUCCUGUGUUGCGGGCUUUUUGCAACAAGGCAUCACUACGGCGUCGUAUUACGGCUCACAUCAUGGCCAGGCAACUCGUAUCCUGGCGGACGUCUGCUUCGAAAAAGGACAGCGCGCCUUGGUAGGCAAGUGUAACAUGAACCGAAAUGCCCCGGACUGGUAUCGAGAUGCGUCCGUGUUAGACUCGCUGCAAGAGACGCGUGAGUUUAUCAACCACGUUCAGCAGCUGGACCCGAAAUACCAUUUGGUGAAACCGAUCUUGACGCCACGUUUUGCGAUAUCCUGUGAGCCAGAGUUGCUGGAUGGGCUCGGUGUCAUCGCUCGUGAACAUCCGGAUCUCCCAAUACAGACACAUUUCAAUGAAGCGAAACAGGAGAUUGAAUUCACGCAUCAGCUGUUUCCCGAAUUCGCCACGGAAGCCGAUCUCUAUCAGCGAUAUGGUCUGUUGAACGAUCGAUCCAUCCUUGCACACUGUAUCUUCCUACAAGAAGAUGAAAUCAGCCGCAUCCAGGAACUUGGCUGUGGGGUUGCUCAUUGCCCUAUCUCCAACACUACGAUGCAAGAGUUUAUGGUAGCACCUGUACGCGAGUAUCUGCGUCGGGGCAUCAAGGUGGGACUAGGCACAGAUAGUGGAGGUGGUUACUCCUCCUCCAUACUGGAGGUCAUGAAGCAGGCCUUCAUUGUAUCCAAUGCGCAGCAGAUGUUGACUCAGGGGCGGGAUCCUGCGCUGUCUCUACGCGAGGGCUUCUUUCUCGCUACUCUGGGGGGUGCGCAAGUGUGCGGGCUCGAUGACCGGAUCGGGAAUUUUGCGGUUGGGAAGGAGUUUGAUGCACUCGAAGUCCAUACCAUGGACCUUCGCCAGCCAGGAGUGAUGAGCCCAGUCGAAGACGAAGAUUCCAUCCCAGUAAUAUUUGAGAAGUUUUUGAUGACUGGGGACGAUCGAAAUAUUGUCAGAGUCUAUGUGAGCGGACGAUCGGUCAAAGUUUGA